GUUUCUCCACGACCACCACAGUACUACAACAUGGGAAGAGUGGCCCUGUUGCUCUUUCUUUUUGCCCUUACUGUUGAGCUUUCCUUGGGAAUAUCCCAUGAAAUCCACCUCCUCCGGCCACGACUUGCCUCCGGUGGCCACCCUGCUUCGGGUCUUUCCUGCCCGAGCUGGAGACUUGCAGUGGAAACCAACAACAUUAUAAACUGGGACACUGUUCCACAAGCAUGUGAAAGCUAUGUGGGGCAUUACAUGCUCGGCCACCAAUACCGGCAAGACUCGAGAGUGGUGGUAUAUGAGGCAAUUGCUUAUGCUGAAAGCCUCAAGUUGGGUGGAGAUGGCAAGGACGUAUGGGUGUUUGAUAUAGAUGAGACAACUCUUUCUAAUCUGCCUUACUAUGCUGAAAACGGAUUUGGGGCUGAAGUCUUCAAUUCGACGUCGUUCAAUGAAUGGGUCAUGAAAGGGAAGGCACCAGCACUGCCGGAAAGUCUUAAGCUGUACAACAAGCUGGUGUCCCUGGGGAUUAAAGUUGUGUUCUUAACAGGAAAAGGAGAAGACGAGAGAAACGUCACAGUAGCCAAUUUAAAGAAGGUGGGAUACCAUACUUGGGAGAAGCUCAUACUCAGGAAAUCAUCUGAUGAAAGUACAGCACUUGUGUACAAAUCAAAUCAAAGGAAAAAGGUUGAGGAGAGUGGAUACAGAAUAGUUGGAAACAUGGGUGAUCAAUGGAGUGAUAUCUUGGGAACUAAUAGAGGGAAUAGGACUUUUAAGUUGCCUGAUCCAAUGUAUUACAUUGCUUGAAACUUUGAACAAGCUAUUGUUAUCACUUAUCAUCGUUGUUGUUUCCCUAGUUUAUUAACAAUAAGAAUUCAUGCUUUAUCUCAA